UAAAUUUAUGUGAUUAUUGAAUAAUUAUGAAUAAGCUUCCUAGAGGAUAGUUCUUUCGAUACAUACUCACCAUUACGAAAAUUUCUGCAAAAAAAAAUAAAAAUGCAAAAAUGAUUCUAUCGGAACGCGGGAGAGUAAUCGCCUCGACGGUAGUCGUUGCCACAGUCGGUGUCGGCGCGCUAUAUGUGUUGUUCAACAGAAAGAAAAUCAUCCGACGGCUGACUGAUCCUCUGUACGGACAAUCGGUCCAAAUCAUAACAAACACCGAAGAGUGUCGGAAUGUUAUAGGCACACUCCGAUCCCACUGCCAAGAGUUUCGGGUGCUCGGAUUUGAUUGUGAAUGGGUGAGCGAACAGGGAAAUCGCCAUCCCGUAGCGCUCCUCCAGUUGGCAUCCCAUCGGGGCCUUUGUGCCCUGUUCAAACUUUGUGAGAUGAAACAAAUCCCGCCGGAGCUGGGUGAUUUGCUGAAUGAUCCUGCAAUUCUGAAAGUAGGUGUGGGCCCUGUAGAAGAUGCUAAAUUGUUAAGAACCGACUACAAUCUUAAAGUGGAAAGCACUAUGGAUUUGCGGCAUCUGGCAAAGAAGAGUGGCCAUCCGGGACCAUACGGACUGGCUCGGAUGUCUGAGUCUAUGCUGGGUGUUAAGCUGGACAAACACUGGCGGGUGAGGGCAUCGAACUGGGAAAAUGAAGAACUUACGGAACGGCAAAUACAAUACGCUGCGAAUGAUGCGCACGUUUCGGUCGAGUUGUUCAGGAAAUUGGCCAAAUUGAUUGUGCCCCGCGGUAUUUGGACUAGCAGAAAGAACUGGUUCGAUACCGUAGCCAGCGAACUGGAAUGUUAUCUGGAUCAACGGUAUUACGAUAAACCUGGCAAGAAUAACUGCGUUACAAGUAAAAAGGGCAAAAAAAAUCUUUUGGAGAUAUCUAAAGGAAACAACUUAGAAAUCAAACGCUCGAUGGCCACAAGAUCGUCCCCACUGUAUGACAACUGUGAGAUGCAAGCACCGAACGGGGAGAUUUUGUGCACCUGUGACCGCAAGAAAGCCGAAUGGUACGUUCUCAAGGGCCUUGCGGAGAUCGUAGCUCAUCAUCCAACGUUUACAAUAAGGUUAAAUUUCGAACCGAAGGGUCGCGCAGUUGGUGACGUUGGCAAGUACUACCAGUCUGCGAAGGAGAACCAAUGUGUCGUCUGUGGCGGAAAGGAUUCCUACGUUCGCAAGAACAUCAUACCGCGCGAGUACCGCCGGAACUUUCCACUAAUCCUCAAGGAGAACAAUUCUCACGACGUGCUGCUUCUGUGUGCCCCCUGUCAUCAAUCAAGCACUAUGCAUGACGACAACAUGCGGCUGAAGUUAGCCUCGAUGUGCACUGCCCCAUUAAGCUCCAAAGACAACCGGAAGGAGAUUCGGGUGGAGUGUAUGUCCGAGUUGCGUAAAGCUGCCCGCGCCGUGGUAUACAACGGGAAAACAAUUCCAGAAGAACGGAAGAAAGGUCUCUUCAAAAGGAUUCAAAAACUACUGCCGAAUGGGACCGAGAUAACGCCGGAACUGUUGCAACAUUACGCCAAUAUAAAUGUGUCCAUACCCAACAGCGAUUACCGUCCGCACGGAGCAACAGUCGUCGAGUACUUCAAGCAACAACCAGGAGGUUUGAUUGAGUUGGAGAGGAUGUGGCGCGAACAUUUCCUGCAAUCGAUGAAACCCAAAUACAUGCCUGAGCUAUGGUCGGUGGAGCAUAAUCUCGAAAGAUUAGGGAUUCGAGCGGACGAGGGUCGAUUGAAAGAGCAAGAGAUCGAAGGUGUCGGUGUAUCGUUCCCCACUAAGAAAAAUACACCACCUGUACAUGUGUAUGACUACAAUCUCAGCAAUAAUAGCGGUCCAAGCUCUAGCAAUCCGUCAAGUUUAACAAGCAAUGGAUCUUCUGACGAGCAUCGGGGUGAUUUAGCGAGCGACGAAAGUACCAGUAAAGAUGUUGCCUCCUAUCGGGACGAGGAGGCGGCUGUCACAAUGUCCACCUCCUCUAAUAGCGCAUCCAACCAGAAGACUAGAUUUUUCUCGAAUCGUAACGAAACUGAAACGCUGUACGAUACCGCAGCUUCCGGAUCAUCGGGAAACACCACCCUGGGUCAGGUGACAAGCGGCGACUUUAAGACGGUUGUGCCACCAAGCACAUCGGCAGAACGGGAUGAAAGCGAAAUGGGCACGGUGAAGGAUAUUGCCUCUAUCGCGUCCAGCUAUGAUUCCGACAAUUCGGAUUCGACACUGUCACAACCGUCGAUGACGCUGCUUAAUUCCACCGAUGACUGGGAAGCGGAAGCUACGGAACCUAGUGUGAAUGGACCCACUUCAGUGACCUUGAGCAAGGGCCUAGUUGGGAAUCGAAUCAAUGGAACUUCGGACGUUUAAUGCAUUUAGCAUGUUUGUUUUCAUCGCUAACAUCUCUUACGUCCCGUUUAUCGUGUUUGGGACUGCAUGCAUAUGAAAAUUUUACAUUUGACUACAUUCAAUAUAUUUGUUUGCAUACCGGAAUUAACAGUUAAAAUACUUCGGAAUUCA